AUGAUUCCACUUUUGUUUUUUUCUGGUCUUGUUGUUGAGUUUUCUAUAUUAUUUAAUAGAACCUUUCAACACAAUAAUAGAGAAAUAAAUAAAUACCAACUAUUUACCAACGAAGAAUCUUUCAACAAAAAUAAAAACAUAAUUAAUCAAAAAUAUUCAUUUGAACAAACCUUAGAAUUUUAUUUAAUACCUAAUUAUCAUAUCAGAGAGAAUAAAAAAGACGGAAUAGAAGACAUAGAAAAACAUCCAAUAAGCAAUCUUACCAUUAAAGAUAUAAAAAGAUCUGAGCCUUCGACCAUUGAAGAUAAUAAAGAAAUUUCAUUACUCAAAUCAUUUAAUUACUACUUGAAGAAAGACCAAAUUAAUGAUAAAAGUUUGGAUAUAGAUGACUUAAAGAUUACAAAAUAUUUAAAUGAGAUUAUUGAACUACGAAACCCACUAUGUAGUAAGAUAAAUGAUUUACACUGA